CACUUAAUAUUUGCUCAACACUUGACUGAAAGUAUAGUAAAAGCAAACUUAAUAUUAAUAUUCAUUACAAACAUCUAUAAUAUUAAUAAUAAUUUAAUUAACAAAUGGUAUAACAAUUGCAAAUUGCAUUCCGCUAUCGAUUGUCUGAUAUAUAAGUGAAAUGAAAACAUAAUAUAAUUAUUAAAUUUCUUGUUAAAUAUGUAUUACUCGAAGAGUUUGUCAUUUAAUUGUCAUUUCAAUGAUAACGAAAUGAAGAGACUUUUUAUUGCCAAACGAUUAUUGUUUUAAUGCUUUUUUUCUCGUCAAUCACUCCUCGCUUUUGGUCUGUAUUUCUUGAGAAACACACCCAAAGAGUCCGUCCUUUACAUCCGUUUUAUGAAUUACACACUUAUUAUGGAUUGAAUUGUUGUCUCAAUUCAUUGCAAUCCAAGUCCUCGUAUAUAUUGACUGAUAUAUUGUUAUCGUUUGUGUCCAACAAAGUAUACGUCAAUCCAUUUGUUAAAUGGUUUGAAUUGAAUUGAGUUCAUAAAUCCUAUGUACUCUUCCUUCGGGGACUUCUUCAGCACAAACUCUACACUCAUUUCACUGCAAAAGAAAAAUUGAUACAAAUUUUGAAAUAACAAUCGUUUAUUGAUUGUCAUAAAUAAGUGUUUAAUAUUUUAGUUAAUAUAUAAAUAUUAGUGUAAUAUAAGAAUCGCAGAGAUGGCCGAUCACUCGGAACUGGUCUCUGAGAUGCCGGUCCUCGAGAAGCUGAGCACUCAGGAGAGGCUGAAGUUGGCCCGAAAGAGACGCACCCAACAGCUCAAGAAGUGGUCCCAACGCGAGAAGGAGUUCAACAAUAAGAGACGCAAAUCGGACGCCAAAACUACUGGCCGUCGACAGGAAUAUAAAGUGCAUUUCGUGCCAUCGGUUAUGCUCUUAGAGGCCGCCGCUCGCAAUGAUGUCGAAGAAGUGAGACGUCUAUUGAUGUUAGGGGUCAGCUCGGACUCGACCAAUGAGGACGGACUAACGGCUUUACAUCAGACUCUAAUCCGCGUUUUGAUCCAAAGUUAA